GCAAGCCUGCACGGCGGGCGGCUCUGCUGGGCGCACUGGGCGCCAUGACGUCCGACCCGACGUGGGCACUCCCUGGUUCCCCACGCUUCGCCGGCACCUAUGACGAUCCAAAGUAUCCAGGCUGCCUGCGAGAGAUCUUGCCGCAGGGCCGAGAUGUGGUUGUGAGGGGCGUAGAUGGCCCUGCCGGUUGCGCGGAGGGCAAAGCUUGGGAGGCAACUGGACGCCGCGGGCGAGGGACGCCGGACACGCUGCAACCCAAUGAGUUGCUCCUCGACUUCUCAGCAAGAGGAGGCCCCUCCGAAGUCAUAGCCACCUGGGUGCCUGGA